AUGAAAGGAAAGCCUUCAGGUGGAGGAGGUGUGGACGACCGGUGCCUGAGCGAUGCCGACUGUGACAGUUAUCUGCAAUGCGUCGACAAUCGCGGAAUGCUCUCCUGCCAGGUAAUACCCGGAAAAUUACCAUAUAUGGAAUGUACGAGCGAACUGGACUGCAACCGUUUCCAAAAGUGCGUAUUCAACGAGCGAUACAAGAAGAAUCUAUGCACAACGGUGCCACAGUACCCUUCAUCAAGCACCACGACUCCAUUUUGGGAUGGCGGCAUUGGCAGUGGCGUGGUUCCGCCAACCUCAAUUGGCUCUGGUGUAUUUCCGAUCGGUUUCGAGAAGGAAUGUUCCGCGGAUUACCAUGUAUCUUUCAAAUUCUUUAAUCGUGACAUAAAAAUGUAA